UUACCGUAUUCUCAGGUCAGUCUGUGAUCAUUGGAGAAAGUGUAUUACGUCUGUUAAAGAGAAGAGACUAAAAACAUUGUCGAUCAUAUUACAGUCUUAGUCUACUAUACUGGCAUAUUCCAUCUAUUGCUAUCCAUUGAGUACUAAAAAGUAACGCAAUGAAAUUUUUACUAACGGGUUCGUUCCUGUUAGUUGCAUUUGUGGCGUUUACGACUUCAGAAGAAUGGUCGUGGAGUAAAGAUAAGAAUAAUGAACAGGUAAAGCCAUCAGCAGAAUCUAUAAAAGCAAGUGACCGUGAAAGUAAAUCUAUAGAUUCUUACUCAGAAAUAAAUGAUGAUAGUCAAGAAGAUGUUGCUUCAAUACCAGCAUCUUUAAAUGACACUCAAUCAAGACAUAUUGUAAGAGAUAAGCUAUGCGGUCUUGGUCUUGGUGAGUGUGACGACGAAGUUGAACCUAAACGUAACAUCGCCCCACAAGACUUGAUCUACGCACAACCUGUACAUUUAAAACCAGUAGGACGUCCUAUUGCUGCUGUACCACUCAAAACAGCAGGAUCACCCUUAUCUGUUGGAUAUGGUCCUCCACGACCAGUUCCUUUUCCAUCAAGUAGCUCAUCCUAUGAUGGACCAGGAUCACCAUAUGGAGGUCCGAUAUCAUCUUAUGGUGGUCCAGGAUCAUCUUAUGGUGGCCCAGGAUCAUCUUAUGGCGGUCCAGGAUCAUCUUAUGGAGGUCCUCCCAUACGAAGCAGUCGCCCUGGCUCUUCUUACAGUAGACCACCCCCUCAAGUAUAUGAGUCCGAAGCUGCAGAAUCUUUUAGACCUAAUCAACCAUCUGUAAGCAUUCCAGCUUCAGGAUUAUCAGUUGGUGGUGUUCAACAACAUGUUCAUCAUCAUUACCAUCAUGGUGAAGGUGUCGAUAGUGUCAAAGUACCCACAACAAUUGAUUCUGCAGGACUUGGACCAAUCAGUGGAGCUGGUCCAUUAUAUGGAAGUGAAGGAUCUUUAUAUGGACAGAAUAGUCUGAAUAGUUAUGGCGGUAACUUCGAAAACUACGAAACUCCUGGACCAUUCUAUAAAAAACAACUCAAUCUUAAACAACCUUCUAAUUCAAUAGCCGGUGCAUAUACUAAUGAAAAAUAUCCAUCAUAUGAAAGUCCUAGAGCUGACAAUUAUGGGUGUUACUGUGUACCAUUUGAUCAAUGUUUACCGCAUGAAGUAGCUAGGAAAGAAGACGGAAUCGCUGGAAUUGAUCCAAGAAAUUUAGGAAAGACCGAUAUUGAAGCAAUUGGUUUAGAUGAAGUAGUGAUUACUGAUGGUAAUGGCACUAUUGUAUCACAUCAUAAAGUUAACGAAAAGGAUGAAAAUAAAUCUAAAACACGUAGACGUAGAGAAGCCGCUCCUCAAGAUGCUGAACCACGAAAAUUAUCGAAUUUACUUGGGGGAAGCUCUGGAGGCGGUGGAGCUGUAAACGAAGACACAUCUGAUGACGCUGGUAGUUCAGGCCAUAAAAUCCGUCCAACUUUCGGUGUAUCUUUUGGUUUACCGUCAGGUGGCGGUGGUUACCCUAUUAGUCCCUUCGGUCCCAAUCCUUCGAUUAACCCUUACGGCCAUUCCUUGGGAGGAGGAAAUGGUCUUAAUUUGGGUCUAGUUAGUGUAAAUCCAUUGCUCUCUUUACAAGUAAGCAAAGACGAGUACGGUGAAAAAAUUAUUAAACCGUGGGUGAACUUACAUGUAACUCCUAACGCAGGCUUAGUGCAUAAAGUUGGUCAUUUAGUCCAUAAGUUAAAGGAACCCCACUACGGAUACGGACAUGAAUAUCCACCAUCGUUUUUGCAUCAACAUAAUCAUUAUCAUUCUUCACCUCCUUCUUAUCAUCAUGGUCCAUCGUAUUUUAGCCCUCCUAAACCGUUCUAUCAUUCAAAACCACCACCAUACUUUAGUGGAAGUUUUGGAGGUGGUUACGGAUAUGAAGGAUAUGCACCUGAGUAUCAUUCAUAUCGUGGUGAUCAUGACUAUGAUGAUCAUGAAGGUUACGGAUAUUCUGGUGUUGGUGAUUCUAGUAUAGGCGAUUACGGCCAUGCAGACGAAUACGAUUCUGGCUCUUAUUAUAGGAGUUCAAAUAUAAGUAAUAGUGCUAAUAAUAAUUAUAAUGUACCAUCGUCACCUACCGGUAACUCAAAUGGUGUAAAAUUCCCUACUGACCGUCAUUCUACCGGUCCCGUUAAGUUUGUAGGCAGCCAACGGCAAAAGAGAGAUAUAGACGAGCGUCAAGCUUUCUACUCGCCUAAUGGACGUUGUGGCCCCAGACAAGUGUGUUGUAGACGUCCACCAGCACCACUAUCAUCUCCUAUAUACUCGGGAUCUUCACCUAACCAAGUUGGCUAUGGACAAUGUGGUAAGAGAAAUACACAAGGUAUUACUGGUAGAAUCAAAACUCCGUCGUAUGUUGAUGGUGAUAGCGAAUUCGGAGAAUAUCCUUGGCAAGUUGCUAUCCUCAAAAAAGACCCCCAAGAAAGUGUAUACGUUUGUGGAGGUACUUUGAUUGAUGCUUAUCAUGUUUUAACUGCAGCUCAUUGUAUUAAAACGUACAAAGAACAAGAUUUACGUGUAAGAUUAGGAGAAUGGGAUGUUAACCACGAUGUUGAAUUUUACCCGUAUGUGGAACAAGAUGUCGCUGAAUUAGUUUUACAUAGAGAAUUUUAUGCUGGUACAUUAUACAACGACAUUGCUAUACUUAGGAUGGAGCGGCCGGUUGAUUUUACUCGUAAUCCUCACAUAAGUCCUGCAUGUUUGCCUGAUCCUUAUGUAGAUUUUUCGGGGCAACGUUGUUGGACAACUGGUUGGGGCAAAGAUGCUUUUGGUGAUUAUGGAAAAUAUCAAAAUAUCCUAAAGGAAGUAGACGUUCCAAUAAUUCCUCAACAACAAUGUCAAUCACAGCUUCAACAGACUCGCCUUGGCUACGACUUUAAAUUACACAAUGGUUUCUUAUGUGCUGGUGGCGAAGAAGGCAAAGAUGCUUGCAAAGGUGAUGGUGGCGGUCCUUUGGUAUGUGAACGAGGAGGUUCAUGGAGCCUUGUUGGUAUAGUAAGUUGGGGCGUAGGCUGUGGUCAAUAUGGCGUACCCGGUGUCUAUGUCAAAGUUUCUCAUUAUUUAGACUGGAUUAGACAGUUUACUAACAGAUAUUAGUAAAACUAUAAUAUAGUCUAUUCAACACGGAUGAUAUUAUCUGUGUGACUUAUUUAUUUUCAUCUUCUAAACGUGUACUAUUAUAAUUGUAAUAGUAAAAACGUUUAUACAUUUCUAUUUGUAUUAUAUUAUAACAAUGUGUACAGUAUAUAACAUUUCGUUUGAUCGACUGCAAAUAUGUAUAAUUCUUUUAUAAUUCAGUUAUUAUUAUUAUUUUUUUUUUUUUGAAACAUAAAUAUCGAAUAAACAAUAUACUUUUAAUUUAUUUACUAUUUAUAAAAUAAUUUAAUUUCUUUUUCAGUCGAAAUAGUACCUAAUAUGAAAAAAAGACUUAUAGAUAUUUUUUGUGUCACCCCAGUAAUUUAUGUUCAUUUUUUUCAAAAAUUUUUUUGUAGGUACUCCUAUAGAGUAAAAGAUUUUAGUUAUGCAUCAGUAAAAAACAAAUUUGUAAAUAAAAUCUAUACAUUUCAAUAAUUUAUAAAAUUAAUUUUAAAAUUAACUUCAUCAUUUAUGUAAAAAUUAUACUUUACAAUAAGUAACAAUUGUAUCUAUAUAAUAGUAAGCUUGUAUUAUUUUUUCCAUUAUUAUUGUUAAAUUAUUAUUUUUAAUUGUGUAUACAUUGAAUAAAGCUAUAUAUUUUUAUUA